AUGGAUGGCAAAGUGAUCGCUAUUACCGGUGGAUCGAGUGGUAUUGGCAAGGCGACUGCCAGAAUCCUGGCGUCAAGAGGCGCCAAACUCAGCAUCGCCGACUGGAAUGCCACCUCGUUGGCUCAGUUGUCGGCCGAGUUCUCCUCCCAGUACCCCGACUUCCUUUACACGCAACUGGACGUCACCCAGCGUGCGAAAGUGGACGACUGGAUCGCCCAUACGGUCCAGCACUUCGGACGUUUAGACGGCGCCGCUAAUUGCGCAGGCGUGACCGGCCGUACGAACGACCGGCUGCCCCUGACAGAGGUCGAUGAUGAGCAUUGGGAUGUUGCCAUUGGCGUGAACCUCACUGGCACAAUGGCUUGUCUCCGAGCGCAGUUGCGAGCUAUUGUCGACGGAGGCAGUAUUGUCUCGAUUGCCUCCGUGGCUGGUCUGGAGGGCAUCGCGGGGAUCUCACCGUAUUGUGCGGCAAAGCAUGGCAUUAUCGGCUUGACGCGGUCGGCAGCCAAGGAGGUUGCGCAGCGUCAGAUUCGUGUCAACGCCGUGGCUCCAGGCACCAUCAAUACGCCCCUGUAUCAAGACUCGAUGAACGGUAUAGCCGUGCCGCCUUCAUGUCCUAUGGGACGCGUGGCCGAGCCGCAGGAAGUGGCGGCGGUACUCACAUGGCUGUUGGGACCGGAAAGCACAUUCGUGACAGGAUCGGUGUACACGGUGGAUGGCGGCUGGCAUUGUUGA